CAACCGAGCAGAGGCUUAGCGACGCCUUCGUCUUUUGGUUGGCAACGAGGGAAGGUACAUCGCGAAAAUAGAAAGAACAUAUCAAGUAUUUUGAAAUACCUUCACAAGGAGUUAUUAUUUAAAAUUGGAUAUACAACGUGAACAGAAUGUCGAUGCGGACGCUGCCAUUGCUUUUUAUUAAUCUUGGCGGGGAAAUGCUUUAUAUCCUUGACCAACGUCUGAGAGCGCAAAACAUUCCAGGCGAUAAAGCUAAGAAAGUUAUGAAUGACAUCAUUACAACAAUGUUCAAUAAGAAGUUUAUGGAAGAGCUCUUCAAACCUCAGGAACUUUACUCCAAAAAGGCCUUGAGAACUGUAUUUGAUCGACUUGCCCAUGCCUCUAUAAUGAGGCUUAAUCAAGCCAGCAUGGAUAAGCUAUAUGAUCUGAUGACAAUGGCAUUUAAGUAUCAAGUGCUCCUCUGCCCUCGUCCAAAAGACAUUUUAUUGGUCUCAUUUAAUCAUAUGGAUGCAAUUAAAGAGUUUAUAAGAGAUUCUCCAAGCAUACUUAAUCAAGUGGAUGAAACAUUCCGUCAGCUGAUUGAGAUCUAUAGCUGUUUGCCAGCGGGAGAGUUUCAGCUCAUUAGACAAACUUUGCUCAUCUUUUUUCAGGAUAUGCACAUAAGAGUAUCAAUAUUUCUUAAGGAUAAAGUACAGAAUUCAAAUGGACGCUUUGUCUUGCCAACUUCAGGUCCAGUUCCAUGUGGUACAGAGAUCCCAGGUCUUAUCAGAAUAUUUAACUGCAAUGGAGAGGAAUUAAAAAGAACAGAGUUUCCAAGUGGUGGACACUACACUAGCUCCCUUCGAGAAGGAUCUUUUGAUUUAUAUGGAGACAGAGUAAUAAAACUAGGAACAAACAUGUACAGUGUCAGUCGUCCAGUUGAAACACACAUGUCAGGGACAUCUAAGAAUUCUGCUUCACAUACUAAGGAAAAUGCAUCUCCUAACCCACUGGCAAAAGAAGAAUUAAACCUAUUGGCUCGUCUGCUUGGAGGUCUCGACAUAAAGAAACCUGUUGAUGUUGACCCUGGAUUCAGAGUAAAUCUUUUUGCUACAGAUGAAGAAGAGCAAGAAGCAGCGGUUCUGAGGCCCCCAGAACUUUCAUAUCAAGUUAUUAAUAUUCAGGCUACACAAGACCAACAAACAAAUGAUAUGUUGGCUCGUAUAAUGGGAGAAUUUAAGGAAGACGGUCAGGCCAGCCAGAGUAUGCUUAGCAAAGGUGAUGACUUGCUGGCCAUGAUGGAUGGACUUGAAUAAUAACAAUAUUAAGUCUUUGAAUGGAGGACUUGGCCUUUGACGAAUAAAACAUCAAUGUAUGAAGUGAUCAGCUACAGACUGUGUCACUGGAGCCUGUUGAAAAGAACCAUACAGAAGCUUCACAGAUUAUACAUGUCAAUUUGUGUGAGAGUGUGCUUUUGUGUGAAAGUUUUGGAUAGAUUGCUUAAAUUGCUGCUGUUUUGUAUAUUCUGUAUAUUUAAAGCACAUAUUUAAAGACACAGUAAUGUACUGAACAUUGCCAUGACACAAGUUUUAAAAUGGGCUCAGAUAUUUCGUCGUGUAUAUACUGUACCUUAUGUGUAUUAAUAACGGAGAACAUGCCUUUGGUAAUGGAGCUCACCAAAGUGUUGUCCCUCUAUAUUUAUUUGUUUCUUUUUAUGUAAAUGCACUGAUAUACUGUAACUGAUGUAAACUAUGCUUGAAACUGUACAGUCAGCAGAACAUUAAAUUUACUUGAUCUAA